AUGAUCAAGGAGGAUUCCCAGGAGGUGACCAGGAUCGACCUGGAGGAGAUCGAGGAGCAGUCUGAGGAGGAGCGGUCUGAGGUUCGGUCUGAGCUGCAGUCGGAGAUCGGGUCACAAGAUGGUGGCCGCUCCAGUCAAGGGACCACAAGGCCCCUGCAGCAGGACCGGGACCCCAAAGGAGUCAACCAGUGUCUCAAGGUGACCUUCGAGGACGUGAUCGCAGAGCCGCCCUCGGUGCGUAGCUUCGAUAAGGUGUGGCUGUGGAGUCACGCGCUGUUCGAGGUCUCCAGGGUGUGGUUCUACAGGCUGAUCUCCCUGCUGCUCGCCGUGCCUCUGGCGCUGAUCGCCGGCGUGCUCUUCGCCCUCCUCAGCUGCAUACACAUAUGGUUGAUCAUGCCCUGUGUCCAGCUCCUCCUCAUCAACAUGCACUGGGUCCAGACCAUCUGGGCCAGCGUUCUGGACAUCGCUGUUGCUCCUCUGUUCAGCAGCAUGGGGAAGUGCUGUGGGGCUAUCACCAUUCGAGUGGCACGGGACUGA